AUGAGCAUUACUCCAAUAUCUGGUUCAGAACCUUCAGAUUUCCAGACACACGAUUUUAAUUGGCUGGAGGGCCAGUACUCAGAAAUAGAUUUCAUUCCGUUUACCGACACAGCUCUUAAAUCGACUUCUGCUCUGGGUUGUGGAGGAGAAAGCUGGUUACUGGGCUUGAGUUCUACAAGCUUGAACGAUAUAUCUAAUGUUGCACCGCCAGAAACAAGUCGCUCCCCAGCACCGGAAGAAGUAACAAGGGAAUCAUCUCAUUCGGACGGCGUUGUUGACACCAAAAGAGCUCCAAGGAACGCACCACGCAAACGCCCCGGCCGUUACAAAAAUGCACCUGCACAUGUUUUAAACCGUCGACGAGAACAGUGUAGAGUAGCCCAGCAGAGGCAUCGUCAGCGAAAAGACAAUCGUAUAGCUCAGCUUGAAAAGGAGCUGAAAACUUUGAAAGAGGAACACCAAACUGUGUUAAAUGCAUAUAUGCUACUAGAUAAGGCAUACAAAACCUUUGCAACGGAAGUUUCAUCAAAGUUUCCAGAGGGGGUUAGGCAUGUGAGAGGGUUUUACCAGGAGAAGAUUUAAGAAACUGAAGAAAUGGCGUCAGUUUUAAUUCAGGAAGAACUGUCCUAUACACACAACAGGUU